AUGAUGUCAGACAAUGUUGUAACCAAUGGAGACGUCAAACCAUCGACGAUUGAUGACAGUCAACCAACUGAAUCGUCUGUUGGUGUUACACACAAACUUGAAGAUAAUUCUGAUGAACGUGUAGUGAAGAAAGUGAAGUUUGAUGGAGAAAAUAUCACCGAACAACAAACGGAAUUGAAAUCUAAUGAUAAGCCAGAACACAGUCAAAAGUCUGAAGAACAAACAAAUGAAGAAUCUGAACAUAAUCAUAAUCAUACACAUCAAACCAGUGCACCAGCUCCUCAUCAUCAUCAUUAUCAUAGCCACGUACCACACCAUCAUCACCAUUUCGACCCUGAAUCUAAUAAAGGACCAAUUCCACACAUUCAUUCGGGAGAUCACAUCCAUUUUGUGGGUAAUAGAGAAGGUGAAAAGAAUGAAAAGACUGAGGAUGGGGACAAAGCGGCCAAAGGUUCUGAAACUAAUGAAAAAGAAGCCGAAACUAACGAUAAAGAAACCGAAACCAACGAUAAAGAUAAUGAAACUAACGAUGAAAUACAAGUAGAAAAAACCAAUUCUUUCUCCAAACAAGAUAUUCUUGAAGUCGUUCGAACAAUCUUUCCUCACCGUCGUCAUUUAGGGGCACUUGUUUAUAAUCCCACCACCACUUGGUUGACCUUACAAACAUCACAAUUAACCGGAUUAAAAGAUGAACAUUUUACUAAGUUUGAAGAAUUAAGAGAAUCUUAUAGAGAAAAGUUAAAGGAUGAAUAUUAUUCCAGUGCAAUCAAAUAUAUUCCUGUCAUACCUCCAUUGCCCACAGAUUAUAUAAAUUAUUUAUUGGAAGUGAAAAUCCCUUACAGAUUCGUGAAAACCUUCCUUAAAGAGUUAUACAAGGGAAACAUAAGCAAAAAGAGAGAAUUAUGGGGUGGUGUUGAUGGUGUUUAUACAGAUGAUUCUGAUAUUCUUACAGUAUUAGCGCACUCGGGAUUUUUCGAUAAUACUAUUGACCUUUCACCAUGGAAUAAAGGUUGGACUAAAGAUGAUAUCAUAAUACCUUCUAUCAAUAAAGAUAAUGAAAUUAAAGGUGAUUUAUCAGUAACAAUCUUAUUAUUACCCGGACUCAAAAGCUACGAAUCUAUAUAUUCAAAUGGAAUCAAUUCUCGUAGUUGGAAAGAAGUCAAUAGACAUGAUGGGUUAUCCUUUGCUAUCUUCAACAUUAAAUGGGAGAUCGAAGGCAGUUAUCUUCGUGACAAAUCAUUCUUCAAAAGAUAUCAAACGGAAUUAUCGUACGAUGAAAAGUAUAUGAAACAAAUGUUAGAAUCUAAAGAUGGUUGGACAUUUGACGUUGCCCUUUACAAAGAACUUAAGAAAAAAUUCGAAACCAAUGAAAAAACCUCCUCUACUUAG